UAUAAUAUUUUUUUGUAUAUAUUUUUUGAUAGUAAGGAUCAAGUCAAUGGCAGCAGCAAGUGUAGUUCAAGGUUGGACAAGAGAACAGGAGCAGCCGUCAUCAAGAAUAACGUCUGGUCGUGUAUCUUUUUCUCAUGGAUAUUCAUAUUAUAACAAAACAGAGUAUAAUAACAAGCAAUAUUCAUUUUCUCGGAAUAAGAAUGGAGGAAUUCAUAAUAGAUCAAAAGAUAGUUAUAUGGUACGCUCAUUGCCUAGAAUUGAUCCUCGCUCAGCAUCAGCAAUAAAUAUGAAUAAUAUAUAUAUACAGCAUCAUCGUCCUUAUGCGUCAGUGAUUUCUCCUGGAUAUCUUCGUCAAGAGCUUAAGCGUUCUAUUCAUUCAAGAGAACAUCCACUUUUAUCACCUCGUUCUUUACAUCAAGUUCAUCGAAGAUCAUCAGAAAAGCAUAUUUUGGAUAAACGUUUAAGAAUUGCAUCUAAUAACAGAAGCAAUGGAUAUCUAUUUCCAGAUUCGACAAUAUCAUCAGUCUAUAAUACUAAUUCUCAUGUUUCUAAUAUACCUUUUCAAACAGAGAAUACAAGGAUUCUGCAGUAUAAAAUGACAUCAAAACCAUCUGCGAAUGUGGAGACGGAUUCUUCUAUUUCACUAGCUAAUGAUGAUAAAAAUGCUGAAUCUCGUUUAUUUAUCGAAGAAAUAGAGCCUAAUGUUAAUAAUGAUAUUUCUAAAAUAAAAAACGUAGAAAUCGAGGCAGUACCAGAACUGAAUGAAAGCUCAUUUAUUUCUAAUACGGAACAAAAUGUAAUCCAAAAUGAACAUUCCUCAAAUCCUAAAUUAUUUGUACCUUUUGAAAAAACAAAGUCUUUUAAGUCAAAAAUUUUGAAAGUAUUAUCUUUUACAUCAUUGUCAUCAUUAGAAACAAUUAACACAAAUAAUGUACAACAUACAAAAAAUCAUACAUAUUCACAAAAUAUAUCAAAUGAUACUGCUCAAAUAGAUGACAUCACUACCAAUUCUGAGAUAUAUUCCUUUUCAAAGAAGUUGACAUCACCAGAUAGCAUUUCAAUUACAUCAACAGCAUCAUCUGCAAGUUUCAUAUUAAGAAAAAUAAGUAAAGAGGGAAAAGGAAUGCUUAAAAAAUCAAAAAAAACACUUUCAAAUAUUUUUAAAGGUAGUUUACAUUUUGAAGACUCUAAAAUUGCAAUGUCCAAAGAAUAUAAGAAAAGUAUGAUAGAAGAAAUAAGUAAAAACAACUUAGGAACAAAAAAUUCGAUAAAUUCUUUUCAUAAUAAUCUAGAAAGCUCUGGAAGCAUAGAAAAAGAUGAAAAUAAUUUAUUAAAACUUAACAAUCAUGUACAAGAACAAAAAAAAGAUAGACAUAUAGAGGAUACAUUAACAUCUCAACCAACAUGUGAAAAUACUUCUAUAAGCAUAGCUUCAAUCAAUGAUCCUACUAAAGAAAAAAAGAACGAUCAAUCUACAUGUUUCAAACCUUGUCCUCCUACAAAAAAAGGAAUUCUUAAAUAUGCAGAUUGGUCAUCAACAAUACCUAAUCUUAAACCAUCACAUUCACUAACCGAUAUUCCAAUUCAAUUCUCACCUCCUAUUCCUCUUGAAUUGGUUACGUUUGAUGACGUUCCUAAUACAUUAUCAUCAACUGAAACAUCUAUUACUAAAAGUACAAAAUCUCUUAGUUUCUCGCCUAAAAUAACAAUUUAUGAUACAUGGCCUUCAUUCGAAUAUGAUAGAAGAGGUGAAAUUGCUACAUGUAAUCGACUAACACCCAUUUUGGCACAACGUAUUAAAGAAGAACUCAAUACAUAUAAACUUGAUGAAAUGAUCGUACAUGAACAAAGUAGAAGAUUUACUCAUUUUUUCAAUUAAC